GGCGGCGUUGGGUCCCGUCCGUCUGUCCGUCCCGAUGGUGACCCUGGGCCUGUCCCGAGUGGAGGAGCCGGUGGCCGCCAGACACCCGGGCCUGCAGGAGUAUGCGGCCUGCCAGUCCCACGCGUUCGUCAAGGGCAUCGGCGCCUUUAUCACAGGGUUCGGCGCCGCCUUCGCCCUCCAGAAGCUGCUCAACAAGAAGCUGCCGUACCCCAUGCAGUGGACGGUCCUCGCAGCCGUGGUUGCAGGCUCUGCCGGCAGCUACGCGGUGACCCGGACGGAGACGCAGAAAUGCUCCGACCUCUGGCUCUUCCUGGAGACGGGCCGGCUCCCCCGGGACGGGGCUGCAGAUGAGGUCACUGAGGGCCCAGAGAAGGGAAGCGCUACCAACGGAGUCGGUAGACACGUUCCCUGCCCACAGGGAGUUUCCAGUCACAUGAGAGAUGCCCGAGGGCCUGUCCGUUCUAGAGUCGGGGUCACUGGGGAUCGGUCAACCGAUCUGUGGCACCGGUGGAGCGCAGAGCGCUGCGCUGAGCGCUCGGGAGAGCACAGCGGAGGACGUAGACACGAUCACCGUCCUCACGGAGAUGACAGUCGAGGGGGCGAGGUGGUCCGGCCCUCCCAAAUCCACGUCCGCUCCGAGGAUUCCCUCCGUCACAAAAUUCCCCGGCCCCUGAGGCCCCUUGGACAAUUCUCCGGGGUCAAUCGAUCAAUCAAUCGUAUUUAUUGAGCGCUUACUGUGUGCAGAGCACUGGACUCAGCGCUUGGGAAGUACAAGUUGGCAACAUAUGGGGUCGAGACUGGGCC